ACCUUAUUUCUCUUUAUGCUAGGACCUGACACCCAAUAAGUAAGAAGGGGACUAAUUUUUGGUCUUACUUCAGAAUCUGUUUCCUUUUUGAGGUCUGAAUUGUAAAUAGGCUUUUUGGUUUCCUUUUGUAAAAGGUUACUUGAGAGGUAGCACUUCAAUAUUAUAGUCCUUCUAUUUUCAUUUCUUUAAUAAUGAGCUUUAUUUGUACAGUUGUUGGUAGUUUAAAAAGCACUCUUAAAUAUUUUAUUUCCUUAUGCCUUUAAGUAGCUCACUGUACUUAAGGGUAUGUAUGUGAGUUAGGCAUGAUCUCUUCUGUUGAGCCACAUGAUCUCAUUGUGAAAUAGGCAGGGCAUAUUUCAUAGUCAUUUGACUAAUGAGGAAAUGGAUUCUAAGAGUGUGAAUGACUUGUCACACAGCUUGUAAGUGACAAAUCCCUGGACAUCAAUCCAGAGCUAUAUAAUCCAUGCAUCUGACUUCACAUCAAUCAUAAGAAGUUGGUACUUUAUUUGUUUUGUUUAAUUUUGUUCUCCUUACUUGAAGUUUUAGCUUUUGGGGGCUUUUAGUUAAUACUUGUCUUUAAUGUCUCCUUGUCAGCUCUUGUAAGAGAAGAAAAUAACUCACCCUUAUUUGUAGUGACUUUUAAACUGUUUUGAGCCUGUACUUAAUUUAAGGGACCUUGGAUUAUCUGAAUUAAAAGUUGGACAUAUUGAUCAACUGGUAGGCGGUCUGCUUCCUGGAUUUUGUAAAGGCAAAAGCAUUUCUUCCCAUUGGCAUACAUCUCAUGUCUCCGCACAAUCCUUCUUUGAAAAUAAAUAUGACAACCUUCAAGGACUCUGAAAAGUAUUUGUUCAGAUCUUCAGUACUGGUCAGUUUUCAUACAGUCUCGGGGUUUUAAAACAUUGAAAUCAAGGACAAGACGUCUGCAGUCCACUUCUGAAAGAUUAGCAGAAACACAGCAUAUAGCACCAUCAUUUGUGAAGGGGUUUCUUUUGCGGGACAGAGGAACAGAUGUUGAGAGUUUGGACAAACUCAUGAAAACCAAGAACAUACCUGAAGCUCACCAAGAUGCGUUUAAAACUGGUUUUGCAGAGGGUUUCCUGAAAGCUCAGGCACUAACGCAAAAAACCAAUGAUUCUCUCAGAAGAACUCGUCUGAUCCUCUUUGUCCUGCUGCUCUUUGGCAUUUAUGGAUUCUUUAAAAACCCAUUUUUAUCUGUCCGUUUCCGGACAUCGACGGGGCUUGAUUCUGCAGUAGAUCCUGUCCAGAUGAAAAAUGUCACCUUCGAACACGUUAAAGGAGUGGAGGAAGCUAAACAAGAAUUACAGGAAGUUGUUGAAUUCUUGAAAAAUCCUCAAAAAUUUACCGUGCUUGGAGGUAAACUUCCAAAAGGAAUUCUUUUAGUUGGACCACCAGGGACAGGAAAGACACUUCUUGCCCGAGCCGUGGCAGGAGAAGCUGAUGUCCCCUUUUAUUAUGCUUCUGGAUCAGAAUUUGAUGAGAUGUUCGUGGGUGUGGGAGCCAGCCGUAUAAGAAAUCUUUUUAGGGAAGCAAAAGCAAAUGCUCCUUGUGUUAUAUUUAUUGAUGAAUUAGAUUCUGUUGGUGGGAAGCGAAUUGAAUCGCCAAUGCAUCCAUAUUCAAGGCAGACUAUAAAUCAACUUCUUGCUGAGAUGGAUGGUUUUAAACCCAAUGAAGGAGUUAUCAUCAUAGGAGCCACAAACUUCCCAGAGGCAUUAGAUAACGCCUUAAUACGUCCUGGCCGUUUUGACAUGCAAGUUACAGUUCCAAGACCAGAUGUAAAAGGUCGAACAGAAAUUUUGAAAUGGUAUCUCAAUAAAAUAAAGUUUGAUAAGUCUGUUGAUCCAGAAAUCAUAGCUCGAGGUACUGUUGGCUUUUCCGGAGCAGAGUUGGAGAAUCUUGUGAACCAAGCUGCAUUAAAGGCAGCUGUUGAUGGAAAAGAAAUGGUCACCAUGAAGGAGCUAGAGUUUUCCAAAGAUAAAAUCCUAAUGGGACCUGAACGUAGAAGCGUGGAAAUCGAUAACAAAAAUAAAACCAUCACAGCGUAUCAUGAAUCUGGUCAUGCUAUCAUUGCAUAUUACACUAAAGAUGCCAUGCCUAUCAACAAAGCUACAAUCACUCCGCGGGGGCCAACACUGGGACAUGUGUCCCUGUUGCCUGAGAAUGACAGAUGGAAUGAAACUAGGGCUCAGCUCCUUGCACAAAUGGAUGUCAGUAUGGGAGGACGAGUGGCAGAGGAGCUUAUAUUUGGAACUGACCAUAUUACAACAGGAGCUUCCAGUGAUUUUGAUAAUGCAACUAAAAUAGCAAAGUGGAUGGUUACCAAAUUUGGAAUGAGUGAAAAGCUUGGAGUUAUGACCUACAGUGAUACAGGGAAACUGAGUCCAGAAACUCAAUCUGCUAUUGAACAAGAAAUCAGAAUCCUCCUAAGGGACUCAUAUGAACGAGCCAAACAUAUCUUGAAGACUCAUGCAAAAGAGCAUAAGAACCUAGCGGAAGCUUUACUGACCUAUGAGACUUUGGAUGCCAAAGAGAUCCAAAUUGUUCUUGAGGGGAAGAAAUUGGAAGUGAGAUGAUAACUCUCCUGUAAUGGAUGUGUUGCUGGUUUUAAUGAGAAUUUAAGUAGCUCUAUGCUCCUCUCCUUUUGCAACGCUUUUCUCCCAUUCUUGGCAUCACUCAAGGGUGUGAAACACUUUGUCAGUCUUCUGUCACAGUUAACUAAUUCUGGUUAUUCUCAUGAUGACACCUAUUAGAAAUUAGUAACCAAUACAAAUAUUUUAAACAACAAUGAGGAUUGAAAACAGUUUGAGAAAUGCCGAUCAGUUACUAAAGUUGAAAAUAAGUAAUGAUUUUAUGUUUAGUUACUUUACUAGAUGUGAAUAAAAUUUCCUUUAGCUCUUAGGAAAUAUUUUGACUCAGUGGAAUAAAGUUGUUGAAGGAUUAUCUUUAUUUCCAGAGAGUACCAUUUAUCUUUGACAAAGAAUUGAUGCUGUUUAACUGUUAGUAAAUCAUAUUUCUAAGUACAUCAGUGGAAACUUCAUUAAGAUGCACUUGAUUGUGCUCCAGAAUGUCGAGAUAUAAAAUGGCUUGAAAUCUAAGUGUGGAGAAUUGUAAACGUACAGUUACAAUUGGAAUUUACAUGUUUCUGACCUUCUGAAAAUGCAACAUGCAUUUUCGUUUUGUUUUUUUUUAAACCUUACUAUCACUUUGACUAAAGAACUUCAUUUCAGAACACCACAGCAGUACUUUGUUAAGUAGACAAGUAACACACUUCAACUUCUGAAUAACUGCGUAAUUAUGCUUGGUAUUGGAAGCAAAAUUAAACCAAAAACUCAGUCCCCUUCAAAGUGAACUUUUGAAAUUACCUUGUAUUUAAAGUGGAAAGUCAGGUGUGUUUUUUGUUCAGAUUUUGUGAAUAUGAACAUAUUGUCACAGGAUUUAUAAAGUUUAUUUAACUCAAUAGAAAAAUUAUUUUAGAGCAUAUUGUGUUUACAGCCCAAUUAUAUCAUUGAAGUUAUUCUAUUAAAGUCACCUCCAGUUCUGUAAUGUCAUUUAAGCUGUAUAUUGUCUUUAAGGGGGAGCUUGCCAUGUGAUAUUCUUGCCCCCAUCCCCCACCCCCAUUUUUUGUAAUCUUAAAUUUUGACGUAAUUUCAAACUUUGGGAAGUGUUAUCAGAAUAAUACAAGGAACUCCCAUUAUUGAUCCACAUUCACCAGGUAUUUUCAUUUGCCUCAUUUUUUUAUUGCUUCCCUCGUGUACGUUUGUGUGUGUGUAUGCACGUGGUCGUGCAUAUACAUGUCUGUGGAUGUGUGCAUUCAUGUCUCUUGGGUAGCCUUCUAGGGUUGAAAUUGCUGGGUCAUGUGGUAAGUUGCUGUUAACCUUUUUACGAAUCUGAUGAACUCUUGUCGAAGUAACUUACACAGUAUUUUGUUCCAGACACCAAUGAAUGAGGGUGCCAGUUUUUCCACGUCUUCUACUGUACUUAGAGUCUUUUUGAUGAGGUCACGGCCAUGCUAGUGGGUAUACAGUAGUAGCUCAUUGUGGAGUUAUUACAUUUCUCUAGCACUUAGUGACAUGACUAUCCUCUUCUAUGCUGUUGGCCAUUUGUAUGUGUUUGGAGAAAUGUCUGUUCAAAUAUUUUACAGGGACAUACACCCUUUUGGGCAGUCUGUCGUGUGAUAGGAGAUCAGAUAUUCUGAGUGUAAGUCUGUUAUCAGGUGGCUCUUUUUACAUCCAUUCUGACAGCCUCUGUUUGCCUGGGAUGUUUGGUUCACACUUUCUUAUUUAUUUGCGUUGUAAUCUUGUGGAGUUUCAGGUGACCACCCUUGCAGAGGGAGGAGGGAUGGAAUUUGGAAAGAGAAACUACCAUUCCUGAGCCUGGCCUAGCUGAUGAACUCUGACUUUGGCAUUUUUGUACUUACAUGGGGCUGGACAUUCUGUUUCAGUGCUUUGCGAGUUGAAACAGUUCUAUGGACUUUUUAUUACACAGAGAAAGGUUUCUCUUUUUCUCUGUGGGUGGAAGAAAAAGAGCUGGAUAUUUAAAAGUGUAAUAGGAGAUGAUGUUGCCUGUGGAUUACAUCCCAUGAGUGAAAAAUAACGGUUAUGUGUAUUAACAAAUUUUUGCUGGAACACAUUUUUGGUGCUGACAUUGCAUCUGUAUGAUUUUUCAAAAUGUGAAAUACUUGUGUAAUUUCCAUCACAAUUAUGUAUGGAAUGUGUGUGCAUACAUGUCAACCAUUUGCAUUUAUACUAAGUUUAUUUGGUCACAAAUUUUAUGUGGCCAGAUGUGUUGAUAAUUUUCUUUUAUAACUCCUGUUUUUGUUUCAAAAAUAUUUCCUCAUUAAAUAAUACCAUUGAGCUUGUUUCUCAAAAA